UGAACUUGACACCUUUCCCCUCCCUACACAGUUGAUCUAAACUCCUCCCGUCCUUUCUAUUUGCCUUGCUGCUGUCACUUUUUAAUCCUGGCCUUCCUCUGGCUGCUGUAUCCCCUGGAAUGGGAACCCGCCUGCCUCCGGACCCUGCUUCCAGGCAGCGCUGGAGAACGCAUUGUGUUCUGGCACCUUGCAGGAAUUUGUUCCGCCCAAAACUUCACGUACACCGAUUUACCUCCCCUUAGAUCCUCUUCAGUCUCAGGUUGCUCCUUGCAUUUUACAAGAUGUCCUUUCCUUCUGCAGCGUCUCAAUAAAAUAUUGUCAGGUGCACUGCUGUCGUUCACCUCUUUUAUUUCAUUUGUUGCUGGUUACCUCCUCAGAAGAAAGGUGUGCUGGCAAUCUUAAAGUCCACCUGCUUACCCAACUGCAAUUCAAUCUCAGCUUCCUAUCGCUUCCUUCUCAGCUACUUUUGUCUUCUGCCAACCUUAUCCACCACUUCAUUUCUCUCUUUCAGUAUGGUCUCCUGGCAUAAAUGUGCAUUUUGACUCCUUUUAAGUUCUGCUUCCUUUAUUUCUGAUGUUUUUUAAUUCUCAUGACUUUGCUUGUAGAGUCCUGAGCCAUUUCUGCUCCUUGUCUCUUUGUGUUUGGACUACAGCAGUUUGCAGAAAUUGCUAUUUUAGGCUGUGCUUGCAAGUCAUUUAAUUCAAGGUCUCUUUUGAUCUUAAGUGUUACUGUAUAUUUUGAUACUUUACAUUUCUCACAGUGAAUAAUUAAAAAAAUUAUUUGUUCAAGAACUAUUUUCUUGCUCCUCAGUAACUGGACCAUGCAAUACAUCAAAGGAUGCCCAAAGUUUCUUUCAAUGAGUUCAUUCUUACUCUAAGGAUCACCAAUCAGACUGCAGUACCUGAGGGACUGUGAGGAGGCGAAAGCUUCCGCAGGGAGCUGACACGGUGCCUUGUGAGGCAGAGUCCCUGCCCUGCUGCUGCCCAGCAGUGAUUGUGGAAGCAGACCCCAACAUCACCGCGGCACACACCAGAGAGCAGACUUCGGUUCAACUUUGUGAUGUCUUCCCCUGAAAUUGCUUCCCUUUCUUGGGGUCAGAUGAAGGUGAAAGGCUGCUCUACAACAUAUAAGGACUGCAAAGUAUGGCCGGGAGGAAGCCGGACGUGGGAUUGGCGAGAAACCGGGACUAAUCAUUCUCCAGGAGUGCAGCCAGCUGACCUUGAAGAAGUCGUCAAGAAGGGUGUUAAAACUGUGGUGAUUGGUCGUGGCAUGAGUGAGGCUUUGCAGGUUCCAGCAUCCACUGUGGACUAUCUGAAGAAGAAUGGGAUCGACGUGCUGGUGUUGCAAACGGAGAAGGCUGUGGCGGAGUACAAUGCCCUGGCUGCUCAGGGUGUCAAAGUGGGCGGUGUCUUCCAUUCCACCUGCUGAGGAGCAGCUCAUUCCGCCCUCCCGGCCCGCAGCCAAAUCACGGACACACCUCUGCUGAAUCUAAUUGCACUCUGCUGAGUGUGAGCUUACGUGCCAAAGCAUCCGUGCACUGAAAAUCUAAAAUGCAAAGACAGUUUAUUAGUUCAGGAUUUAAACAAAUCGAGGAUUUAAAAAAAGCGGGGCAGUUAAUGUAAUUAAAUUAUUUAAUUACAGAAUAAU